AUGAAUCCGUCAAUGGGGGCCCUAGGCAUGCCCCGGCCCAGUAUGGAUAGCCCGCGGCAACAUCAACAAUGGCAUCACUCUCUACGAAGGACACCAUUGGAACGGCUCCCGAUCGAACUGAUCCAGAAAAUAUUCUUCGAAUGUCUAGAAAUUAAUCUCCCUCGCGCAUCUCUCCCCAUCGCCCUUGCCUUGUCCAACGAUGUCAUUCAUACCUGGCUCAUCCGCCUAGCCUUCAGCAGCAACAAUGAGUCGGCCCGAACUGGCUUCUUCACAAAGCCUUACCUCCCCCUUGACUACUUUUCCCUCUCAGCUUCGCAACGGGCUUCCCUUCAAACUGAAAUCCUCAAGUGCCGAUGGUGCACUUUACCUCUCAUGCGCAAAUGCCAGCGCGAGCAUGUGGAACAUGUUAUACGUGAAAAAUGCAAAUAUCUCAGAAUAUCUUGCGCCGAUUGCCAGAAAUUGGAAAAUCUCAAGCCAUACUGGGAAUCCAUGGACCGCUUCGACCCUCGGCCCCCUGGGAGCCGGGGCAGCGGUGAUCUCACCGUCGAGGCUCGGAUAUCCCAACCACCAAAUAUACAGCCAGAAAAUAACCCCUCGACUUCUACAUUCAUUCCCAUCACGCCCACGCCCGCUCCCAACACCACGAACAUGAGCAUUAUUCUGGGCGCUUCAGCUGCCAGCACGCACAGUGCCUCGCGCAAAAUAGCAAUCUGGUUCAACUCCGGCUCCGUCCAAAUCCGUGAACGAAGCCCCAUCUUCCAAGAGACAGAUGUCUUCCGCCUCCCCUCCUGUAGCACCCGUGAGCCCUGCCGGAUACCCGACCGCCUCCUCUGCCCACCCUGGACACCCGAAAAACUAGAAUUCCUAACCCUUCUAUCCACAGAAGCAUACAUCGACGAAAACGAACGGCGCGAUCGAUCCAAGGCCGUGUUACGGCAGGUAAUUGACGACCGUGACCUAGAGACCUUCAAGUACAUGCUCGGCAUGCACAUCCGCGCCAAGAACUAUGGGUAUCCGUUCCCGUGGCCGGUUCGACAGACGCAUUACCGGGCUGCUGCUAGAAUGGCAGAUCGGAAGGAUGAUGAUCCGUUCUUGAGGAUUUUGUUUACGGAUCGCAAGGGGGAGGUUCCGGCUACGGAUCAAAGUAUCAAGGCUCUCUUGGUGAAGUAUGAACAGAGGGAGAGGGAGAGGGAAAUCUUUGAAAGCUGA